UUUAGUGCGUGUUCAACUACAAACAUGCCUCCAAAAAAGAAAAAGGGAAAGGGGAAAGGGAAGAAAAAGAAGAAGGAUGAUGCCUCCUUAGAACUUGAAGACAAAUACAAAAAGACGAUGACAGAAAUAGAGGCACUAAAAGAUCACCUUGCAAUUCGUAAGGAGAUCGCGAGGAAAUCACAAGCCAUGGGAAACAUGAUGAAGUCUCGAAUGGAAGAUGCACAGAAGGACAUGGAGGAACAGAAGGCAGACCAGAAGGCAAUUAAUUCAGAAAUGGCACUUGCCUAUAAAAGCAUGCAAACUACCCUCCAACUGAAAGUGCAUACACUUGACAUGAAACUGAUGCAGACAGAAGCCAAACUUAAAGAGACAGAGAAAAAACUACGAGAGACUGAGGAUGAAAAGGAACGUAUCACCAGAGAAAAAGACGAGGAAAUAGAAAAGCUAAAUCUCAACAUACGUGUAAUGGAAAAGGAGUAUAUCAGAAUUCUUGAUGAAUCACUGAAUUCCCUGGUAACCAAGAUUGACGGUGCCAAAAGUAAAUGGGAGUUGUCCGGAAGUAAUUUACAGGCCAGAAAUAAACAAAACCUGCUGGAGUUAGGCCUUCAUCCCCUGGAUAUUUAAACCAAUCACAGAACACGAGACAAAAAACUAAAUCUACAGGAGUUAGGCCUUCAUCCCCUGGAUAUUUAAACCAAUCACAGAACACGAGACAAAAAACUAAAUCUACAGGAGUUAGGCCUUCAUCCCCUGGAUAUUUAAACCAAUCAGAGAACACGAGACAAAAAACAAAAUCUACAGGAGCUCUGCUUUUAUUUCCAGGAUAUUUAAACCAAUCACAGAACAGGAGAGACACAAAGAAAA